AUGGAAAUGUCCGAGAAGAACUACAAGUAUGGGGUGACUGGGCCAUUGUCGAUAAAGGAAAGCACAGAGGAAGAACAUGGGAUGUCUGCAGAAAUGGACAGAUAUCUGGAGGAGUGCGGAUUCUUUGAGGAUGAGUCCGAGGGGCAGACUAGGGAAAGAGUCCUUGGCAGAUUGAACUUCAUGGUGAAAGAGUUUGUGGCUAGGAUGGCAAAAAGCAAAGGAGGCAUGGAAGGAGAAAAGCCAUGUGGAGGAAAGAUAUUUACUUUUGGCAGCUACAGGUUGGGAGUGCACAGCAAGGGGGCAGACAUUGAUGCCUUGUGCAUUGUUCCUAGGCACGUAAGCAGAAGCGACUUUUUCGUGCAUUUUUACGAAGAGUUGAGGAAUAAUCCAGGCAUAGAGGAGGCUACAAAGAUAGAGGAAGCAUUUGUACCAAUAAUUAAAUUCAAGUUUCAAGGGAUUCCGAUUGAUUUAGUGUUUGCUCGGCUUAAUGUUCCUGUGGUGAAGGAGGGAAUUAAUCUGUUGAAUGACACGCUUCUGAAGAAUAUGGAUGAGAAGUGCAUCCUGUCGCUGAAUGGAUCCAGGGUUACGGACGAGAUGCUGAGCCUUGUUCCGAAUGUGAAGGUGUUCCAUUCUGCACUGAGGUGUAUUAAAUAUUGGGCAAAGAGAAGAUGUGUGUAUGGGAAUUCGUAUGGGUACUUUGGAGGAGUUGCGUUUUCGCUGUGUGUUGCACGAGUGUGCCAGCUAUAUCCGAAUGUAAGCUCGUUUGUAAUAGUCUGCAAGUUUUUUGAGCUGUUUUCGUCGUGGAAGUGGCCGAUGCCUGUUAUUUUGCGCCCGGUGGUUGAUCUGAACUUCAACCUGAAGGUAUGGGACCCGAAGAUCCACCCUUCUGACAAGUAUCACAGGAUGCCGGUGAUUACGCCUGCAUAUCCUUCGAUGUGUGCUACGCACAAUGUAUCCAACAGUACGCAGCAUGCGAUUACAGUUGAAUUUGCAAGGGCAAAUGAGAUUCUGUGCAUGCUUGAAAAAAGCGACAGCAAGAAGAAUGAACAAGAGAAGAGCACGAGCGAGAGGCUUGAAAUGAAGAAGAGCUGUUUCAGGAAGAUAUUUGAGCUGUCUGAUUUUUUCAGCAAGUAUAAGCUUUUUAUAGAGGUGAUGGCGAUUUCUGUUGGUGUAGAGAAUGAAGGAUUCCAGAAGUGGGAGGGAUACGUUGAGUCGAAGAUCCGGAUUCUUGCAUCUAAGUUUGAGGCCGUGGACGACAUUUUGUAUGCAAUACCGUUUCCAAAGGCAUUUGAGAUUUCUGGAGAAAGGAUUCCAAGUGUGUGUGCAAAUGCAUGUGCAAAGGAAAUAAGAAGAUGCACUGUGUUUUUUAUUGCAAUUGACACUAUUCCUGUCAAGGGGAAGAAGGUGUUUGUGGAUCAGCAGGUCAAGGACUUUGUUGAGUUUAUAAAUGAGUAUGAAGGAAGGCCUGAUGGAAUGAGCAUUGAGGUACACAGUCUGAAGAAGAAGGAUGUGCAGGAGUUUCUACGAAUGUACUAUGGAAAGCCGAAGGAGCAACCUGAAGAAAGUAAAAGAAGGAAGGUUAGUGUUGGUGGAGGAGACGAUAAGUGA